CGAGGCGGGGGGCUUUUUGGGAUCGAAAUUCAAUGGCAAUCCUAUUUUAAGUGUGCAGGUAUCUGUGAUGGUAGUAGGUGUAAAACUCAAAAGAGAUCCUUCAAACCUUUACAUUUCUACUAUUGCAUAAAAGUAAACUCUUCUUUCAAUAAUCAAAGAUGGCUUUUCCAACUGGAAGUAUGACGGCCCUUGUGAGGCAAAUCGAAAAGAAUACAGGAGCAUUCAUCGAGCACUUCACAGCCAAGGGCCUCCCAGAACCUUCUUUUGACAAUGGAGACAAUUUGGCCCUAGGGGAGGAGCUGCCCGCCGACAUAGCUGCUGCUAGAGAGGCUGCAAUAGAAGCCGCUCACGAAUUGCACGACCUCUUACUUGGACCACUGGGCUUGAUUGUGGAAUGUUCUGGUCAACAAUACUUGCUCUUGUGCAUACAGUAUCUUUAUCGUCACCGAAUUGCGUAUGCAGUCCCAGUAGACGGUGAAAAGACAUUUGCCGAGAUAGCAGAAGCAUGUUCAUUGAAUGAGAAGGAUUUGACUCGCUUCCUACGUGUCGCCAUAAGCCAGCAUGUAUUCAAAGAGGUCAGAAAAGGGUCUGUCGCUCACACGGCUGCUUCGAAGAUGCUGUUGAAUAAUCCUAUGCUGGAAGCGUGGACCUUAAACAUCGCUCAGGAAUUUUGGCCUGCGUUGAGCCGGGCGGUGGAUGCCGCGGAAAAAUGGCCUGGCUCCGAAGAGCCAAACGAGACUGGCUAUUCGUUAGCACACAAUACAGACGAAAAUCCUUUUGAUGUCAUUAAGAAAGACCACAAGAGACACCAGCAGUUCGUUGACGCCAUGAGUUUCUCCCACCUUCACCCUUCCUACAGCGUGAAAUACCUCGUUGACAACUUUGAUUUCGAAUCCAUUGGAAGAGGCACUAUUGUUGAUAUUGGAGGAUCUUAUGGCCAAGUGAGCAUUGCAAUCGCAGAGAAAUACCCUGACGUUACCUGUAUCGUGCAAGACCUCGAAGGCACGAUUUCUGGACUAUCUGUCCCCGAGCCGAUCAGUCGUCGCGUCCUUGGAAUGCCGCAUGACUUUUUUACCCCACAGCCAGUCCGUGGUGCCGAUGUGUACUUGCUGCGUUGGAUUCUGCAUGAUUGGUCAGAUAAGUACUGCAUCAAGAUUCUGCAAUGCCUGAUACCUGGAUUAAAGAAAGGGGCCAAGGUCGUCAUCAACGACAUUUGCAUUCCAGAGCCAGGGCAGCUAUCUAUUAGGGCUGAGCGAUUCUUGCGCAGACUAAUGGACAUUUCUAUGAAAGCAUUUAACAAUGCACGAGAACGAGACGCAGAGACUUGGGAGUGGCUAUUCAGUAUGGCGGACAAGAGGUUCCAAUUCAAAGGAAUAACUCUGCCCCCGGACGCGCGCAUGGCGAUCAUCAUGGCAGAAUGGACCGGAUGA